GUAAAAUUUGCGUAGCGAUUGAUGAGAGCAUGUGAAGAAGCCACUAGAUGAGUCAGGUCUCUUUGGUUUGGCACUGCGCAGCACUUUCAAAGCCCAAGCAAGAGUCCGUCGUCACGAACGUCUUCUUCGUCUCCACCGAUUCUUCACGAACCUGUUUACUCUCUUUCUGUGAUUUUUGAGUAGAUUCGGCUUCGUACGAUUAGGGUUUGAAGGAGGUGAUUGUGGUGUCUUUCGUUGUUUGUGGUUUUAUAUCACUGUAAGUUAGAAUUGGCUCCAGUUGAUUUUCCUAGGGUUUUCACAAAUGUCGGAAGGUUCGAGACGGAGUAGGGUUACUAUAACUCUAGGUCGUAGCGGUCAGGUGGUGAAUCGAGCUGCAAGUGAUAUAGAUGAUGGGUAUGAGUUACCUAGAGUUGGGACUAAGCGGUCUGUCAAAGAGAGAUUAGGGAAUCCGUUAGAUAGUUCUGUUUAUGGUGGAGAAGAGGUGGUCAGUAAAAGGCAAAGAGGGGAAGCAAGUUUCAGUGGAAAUGAUUUGCAGAUCAGUCGAAAUGAUCUCCGAUUCAAACUGAUGCAAAAGAAUGCCCAGAGACGAGCUCAGAGCGAUGAAGGCUGCACUAUGGAUCUUCGUGAAAAGCUCUCAAGGAGUGAGCAGCCUCCUCGUAGCCUUGAUACAAGACCUCGUAUGGCUGAGCCGAGGGAUCGUCCUUUAUCUUCAUCAAGAACUGCUCGUGGUUCCUCUCAGAUGAUUUCAUCAAGUAGUUCGCACCCUGCAUGGGCUCUGGAAGAUUUACGACGAAGGUCUCCAGAGAGAUUUGUGGAUACUUCCAGGGGUCGAUCGCCGCCAAGAAAUGCUGGAAGUUUCAUUGGCAUUCCAAGGGAACCUUCCCCUCCAAGAAAUGGUAGAAGGAUGAUUGGCAGUGCAAGGGAUAGAUCACCUCCAAGAAGUGAUGGAAGGAUAAUUGGCAGUCCAAGGGAUAUAUCACCUCCAAGAGAUGCUGGAAGGAGAUUUGGCCCUCCAAGGGAUCAGUCACCGCCAAGAAAUGCUGGAAGGGUAACUGGCAGUCCAAGGGAUAGAUCACCUCCAAGAAAUGCUGGAAGGAGAAUGGGCCCUCCAAGGGAUCAGUCACCGCCAAGGAGCACCAGAAGCUUCAGUAGUAAUUCUAGGGCUCUGUCCCCAGCUAGAAAUAUGGGAAGCUACAUGAGUUCUUCUCAGGGUUUUUCCCCUCCUAGGAAUCCUAGAAGCUACAUGGGUUCUUCCAGGGGUUCUCCCCCACGUAGUAACAUUGAAGAUUUUCAUGGACGAAGCAGGAUGCUUGAUAAUAUGAGAGCAUCGCCAUAUCCUGUUAGAGGUGUACUAAAUGGUCAAGCGCCAUCAAGUGGUGCUCCUUUCGCCAGGCCAAUGUUACCUCCUCCAGUCCCAAACCCACAUCCAUUGCCUCCAUUGAGCCAGCUUCCUCCACUUGGAAGUAUUAUGCAGAACAGUCCCUUCUCUGUAAGAUCUUUAUUCUUCUUCUCAAUUUGUGGAUGAAUUUUCUCUCUUCUUACUCUUUCUAUACAUUGGGUGAGUACUUCAUAUUUACCUCGUGUCAUUCUUAGACCCAUAAAACCUUUGUGAUCAGAUAGUCAAAACUUUAUGCCUUCUUCUUAUACAUAUGUUAUAAUAUGGCAUGUAUAUCUACUUGGUGGAACAACAGGUGGACGAGCCUCUAUCAGUUGAUGGCUUUCUAAAUUCAAUUGGACUUGGAAAAUACUCCCUUGCCUUUAAGAGAGAGGAAGUGGAUAUGACCACAAUAAAGCAGAUGAAAGAAAGUGAUCUAAAAGAUCUCAUCAUACCAAUGGGUCCAAGGAAGAAGAUUCUUCAGGCUAUAGCGUCCCUUCCAACAAGGUAGCAAUGAACGGAUCUCGCCUCUAGCUGCUUCUCACUCUUUUUGGUCUUGUUAGCCUCUAUGCGGGUCGAAACUAUGAUAACUUUUUUGAGAUCCAACCCGAAACUUUUCUCUCCGGAUGAUUGUAGGCAGCAGAACUUUCUUUUGUAAUUCUCUCUGUUAUGGAUUUUUUCUUUUUCUGGUAUACAAUUUGUUAACCCAAGCACAGCCUAAUUGUGAAAUGUCGACGGUGUUUUGGUGUAAUCCAAACACUCUUUUGGUUGGUAUAUAUCUCUGAAUCUCAACGUGAA